AAGUUCAUCGUUUCGUUUUUGUGGUCGGUACUAUUUGGAGACUAGUUAGAGAAGACAGUUAACAUCAGGUCCACAAGUCAUUCAACUGGUGCUAAUGUAAAGAACCCUGAAAAUUAUUCUCAGAAAGAACAGAGAAUAAAACAACAAUGAAACGAUUGGGAGUCUUUGCUGCCAUUUUUCUGCUUACAUUGUUUUUCAAACAAGUAUAUGGCCUUUGUAUCGAAAACCCAUCCAAUGAAGAUCUCGCAUUUCCUAACAUAUUUGACUUCGCUGUCAGCAAAUUAGGAUAUCAAGUAACAGUCGAGAUCAAUGAGAAAGAUAAGAAAGAAAGCUUUUUUAUUGAAGAACACUAUGACAUAUUUAACAAGAGAGGCAGACUUGAUAUAUUGAAGAAUGGCACUAGAAUGCUAUAUGCUUACUACGAGGAAACUGACGAGUUCUUUAACAUUAUUGGUAAAGGUCCCUGUAAUGUUACUUCAAUAUCUUCAAUAAAAAAUCCUUUUGACAAGUAUUGGAUUGACAGAGAAAUAGAUCGCGUACUUUUAGGCCCAUCAGCAAUGUUCAGACACGGCUAUCUUGACUACAAAGAAAGUAAAGAACUGAUGGCUUAUAUGGGAAAAGAAUCAAUUCCUGGUGUCAGAGACAUGACUGUUAACAGAUGGAGACAGUGUCUAGAUAACAACCAAACCCAAAUUGACUAUUAUUUUCUUGAUUCCACUUGGGAAAAUUACCUAGGAGACAAAAACCUCCCAAUUCCUCUUAGGAUCGUGAUUAAGUCUAAAGAUAUUGAAAGACAGUUCGAGUUUCUAAAUUUUGUACCGUUUAUUGAAAAUCCGAGUAAAGUAUUUCAGAUUCCAACAGGGCUGGGAUGUAAGAGGCUGGCGCAAGGCUUGAAGAAACCCGUUGAUUUAUCUAAGAGCAGUUUAAUGCUCAAUGCUGAACUAAUCUAUGUACCAAAAAAGGAGGAAACGGACAAGGCGUACAGUUACUCCAUAAAUUUUAACGUGAUAUACGACCGCGACAGCGAACACAUGGCACAUACGUACAAUAAAUGGGAGAGAAGCUCGACUGCUGAAGCGGUACCUGUGAAAUCAAGUCUGAUGGAUGUGUACGGUUUUAAAGAUAAGACAUUGUACACCAUAGAUUUGGACUACAAGAAUUGUUCCAUUUCAAGACCAGCCAGUUACGAACCCAAAGUUUAUCUACCAUUCAAAAGAGAGUUACUGCUGACCAAUCCCAAUAUUCUUAUUGGCAACGAUGGUUUCUACUAUAUGGGAGAGAGUGAAGAAAGAAACAUACCCGUUUCUGUGUUCGAGAAGAAAAUCAACAUGUUUCCACUAGGACCAAACAUUUUGUCAGCUUUUGUAGUGAUCACACGUUAUUAUACAAGCAACGAUGUUUCGUAUGGAAGCAACAGAAUAGAGACACAAGUUCCCAUCCGUGUUACACUUCGAGCCUAUGAUGAUUUAAAUGACCCAAAACUGACUGAUUUGAUAACAAUAAAUGUUGCAUAUUUUUCAACUGAACUGUAUGACAUGGAAAAGAAUUUUGACGUGUCCAGUUGUUUUGUUGACAGUUCAAUGUCCAGGUGGUUUCAGAUGUCUUUUCCAUUAAACGCCUACGAUAUACUUAAAUCAUUCCCAACUGUGGCAGCAAUCAAGCAAAAUUUCUUGCAACAAGCAAAAUCAACAGCUGGCAUUUCAGCUCUUCGAAUACCAAAGGUUAUGGUCAACUUUAGCCCAAACGAAAUGUUUAUUACAGCUUUGCUACUAGAAAGGUCUCCGUAUUUCUUGGAUUUCGACUCAAUAGAAGGCAAAGGACUUCGUGACCCAUCCACUACCAUAGGGAUAACUACAUCUGAAGACUGUGCUAAGGCUUGCUUAGAAAGCUUCGCGGAAUGUCUAGGAUUCGCUUAUUGUGGAGCCACGUGUUAUUUUACCAGCAAAGAAUUUUCAGAAAAGAUAACAUACGAUGACAAUGACUGUGAUUUUUAUAAAAGACUUAUAACACAAGAAGAUGCCCCACCAACAAUGGAUGUAGUAGCCUCAAGACUAAGUGGUUCAAUAAGAAGAGGGGAAUUCUUCUUCACUAUCCGGACAGCUGAUGAUGAGACAACUUAUAAAGCACUUGAGUUUUACGACAGACUGGGUUCGGGAAUAAACGACUACGAGCAACUUCCCUCAGGUUUCCUGGAUAGCAAAUUUACAGUGUACAAAUAUACAACAAAAUUCGACAAGAAUGAAAGUGAUGAUAUUAAAGGCUUGGGACGAGUGACUUUCGUAGACUGUAAAAGGGCAUGUAUUAAUUCACCACUCUGUGAGUCUCUGUCCUACUGUAACAUAAAUGGUGAAUGUUUACUGAGCACGAAACACAGUAGUGAGAUUCCAGAUAAACAUAUGGCGAAGGAUACUCAAUGUGUUGUACUUUCCCGGAACUACGUUGAUGCCUAUGAGAGACUACCGGGUAUAACAAUAGGUUCUAAACCCAAGAAAGCAUUUAAUAUCAGCGAUCUUAACGAAUGUGCAAAGGCAUGCAGUACGGAAGGAAGCUUUCAGUGCAAGUCAUUUGACCAUUGUCCUCAAUCCAAAGACAAGGAAUACACCUGUCUCUUACAUGAAACUCAUUUUUUGGACGCGAAGGAUAAAAUUGUUGGUGACAAAGCGAAAGUGUGUGGUCAUUACUCUCGGAACUACAUUUAUGAUUUUAAACGAACUGAUGGCAAAAAGGUGGAUGGUGCGACAGUGAUUGAAUUACAGAACGUCACAGCCAAAGUCUGUGCGAAAAGAUGUGUAGAAAAUGCAGAUUUUAACUGUCAAAGUUUCGACUUUUGUCAGGCCACGCCUCUGGACAAAAGCACUUGUUUAUUAAUAGGGAAAGGAAACUCUAAAAUGAACUUCAUCGAAGCUCCUGUUUGCGCCCAUUACGAAUACUUGGGUAUAAGAGGACCAUCGUCUAGUGAAGGGAGUCGUUAUUCCACUGGUCUUGGAAUAGGCCUAGCCUUUUUCUUCAUUAUUCUGGGGAUCAUAUUAGGUGCAGUGGCCGUAUUCUUAUACGGAUAUAGAAAAGCGAACAAAUGAGGAACUUUCAACAAGUGGUGUUUCAUGUUGAUUUUCGCAUAGUGCGUUUUUAUUGUGUUUAAUAAGUAUCGUCGGUAGUUCUUGAAGUGUAAAGACGAGUGUUUGACAAAAUAAUUUAAGUUGUAUUGUUUCGUAUGUUUCAUAAAGUAAUGCAUAUACUACAUCCCACAAACAUAUACACAUAAAUAGUAAAAACUAUUUAAACUGUCGUGUAAAUUUUAUUUAGUUUAAUUUCAUUCACCUUAACUUUAUUCCGCUGUUUAUUACCUGUAAGUUAACAAUUUGGGCUAUAAAAUAACACUGAACCAUUUUGUUAUUUAUGAUCAAAUAAAAAUACUCAUAAGAGAACAAUCAUCGUUUUUUUUGCUUAAUAACAAUUUGAAUUAAGAACAUUAACUGCAUUAUUAGUUGAUUAGAAAAUUAAUUGAAAAGUAAAGUUGAUUUUUAAAAUAGAUAGAUAUAAGGUUUUCUAUAAGGAAAUAUUUUGAAAGUAUGUUGCGUUAAUGAAUUAAUUAUAUCUUAUUCUAGUAUGACAACUUGUGAAUUAAUAAAAAACUGAAAACAGAAUUACUGUUUUUCGCUCUACAGAAACUUUUGCUAUGAUAAUUUUAGUUUUUUCGAACUAAAUGAGAAGUUUGUAAAAAACAGAAUAAAAGAGGUCUUGAAUGUUCCUUAUAUGUUCAAUCCUACCCCAUCAGAUGUUCUUAAAUAAUUCAGUAUAAGUGACUCACAGAUCAUCUUCUAAAAUAUCUUUUUGGUUAACUAGUUUCCUUUUGAGUUCGUUUGAGUGCAGUUACAAGGCAGAGGGGAAUCCUCAAUAGUUGCGGCACUUGGAAUCCUUUUAGGCAGGAUUAGAGUAAAUUAAUGUAUGAGGGUUGGACCUCCUGAGUACAAAAUUGUAAUUAGAUCUCAAACCAUCCAAGAGAUGACGGAACUAUGAGCUAAAAGUUUGUACUUGAAAAAAUAAAACAAAAUAAAAUAAAACACUCAGAGUCGCUAUGCCGCAACUAAAAACAUCCCGUACAUAAUCCUAGUAAACUCAACCAGACGACGAAGAUACAAGCUGUAUUGCCAAUGUCAGCAGUAUGACUUUUAUAUUGAAUAAAUAUUUUGUUCUGUCCUUACUGUAAUAAAAAACAUUUUUUAGAAAACAUA